UGUCUACCCCCCUCACAGCUGGAACCUAGAAGGCUGUGUCCCCCUUCCUCUGGGCGUCCUUUCUGCCUCCUGCUAUCAGCCUUCCAUCUGACGUGGCCUCCAUUCCACCUGGGAGCCUGGAGGCUGAGCCCCGCUGGCUCCCCUCCCCGACUCAGGAGCCUCUUAGUGUCCGCAAGGCCUGACAGGCCGAAGGUGACGACGUUCUUCUGCCAGUGGAGGGCACCGUCCUCAGGAUGUUCCGGGGGGAAUAGAAGCGAGAACCAGAGCCUCUUACCAGUUCCUCCCCACAAUGGGGCUCCCGACCAGUCCCCUGCUGGCUGGGCUGUGUGUGUGUGCGGCCUUGAGCUGGGGAGGGGGUUCAGCCCCCAACCUGGGCCCUGCUGAGCUGGAGCAGAACCAUUACCUGGCCCAGCUGUUUGACCUGUACGGGGAGAAUGGCACGCUGACUGCAGGGGGCCUGGCCAGGCUUCUCCACAGCCUGGGGCUAGGCCAAGUUCAGGGGCUGCGCCUGGGACAGCAUGGGCCUCCAGCUAGUCGGCCUGCACCCCCAGCAAGAGACAACGCCACACACAGGCCUCAGGACCCCAAAUUGAAUGUGGAUGUCUGGUCAGAGCUGCCUCUGGAUCCCUCAGGGUGGGGUGACCUUGAGGAGCCAAAGGCCCCCCACCCACCCCAUGGGCCAGCCCCCUCGGGCCUGGACCUGUUUCACAGGCUUCUGUUGCUGGACCAUUCGCUGGCUGACCAUCGGAAUGAGGAUUGUCUGAAUGGCUCCCAGCUGCUGGUCAACUUUGGCCUGAGCCCCGCUGCUCCUCUGACCCCUCGGCAGUUCGCUCUGCUAUGCCCAGCCCUGCUUUAUCAGAUCGACAGCCGUGUCUGCAUCCAGGCCCCAGUUCCAACCCCACCAGGGGAUCUACUAUCUGCCCUGGUUCACAGCGCCCUGGCAGUCCUGCUGCUCAGCCUCCCCACACCCCUCUCACUGCUGCUGCUUCGCCUCCUGGGAUCUCGUCUAUUGCGGCCCCUGCUGGGCUUCCUGGGGGCCCUGGCCGUGGGCACCCUUUGUGGGGAUGCGCUGCUGCACCUGCUGCCACAUGCACAAGGAGGGCAUCACUCCGGACCUAGUGGGCGACCAGAGGAAGACCUGGGUCCAGGGCUGUCGGUACUUGGCGGUCUCUUUCUGCUCUUCUUGCUGGAGAACAUGCUGGGGAUUUUGCGGCGCCGAGGGCUCAGGCCAAGAUGCUGCAGGCGAAAAAGGGAGGAUCUCAGAACACCAGACCUGGACCCAGAGGACAGCAGUGGGAUGGCACUUCAGCCCCUACCGGCAGCUCCAGAGCUAGGGGCUCAGGGCUGCAGGGAGCUGGACAGCCACCCCCCGCCAGCCCCAGCCCCUCCCGGGCACCAAGGCCACAGUCAUGGGCUCCAGGGUAGCAGUGACACCAGUAUAACAUGGAUGGUCCUCCUGGGAGAUGGUCUGCACAACCUCACGGAUGGGCUGGCCAUCGGUGCUGCCUUCUCUGACGGCUUCUCCAGCGGCCUCAGCACCACGCUAGCAGUAUUCUGCCAUGAGUUGCCUCACGAACUGGGUGACUUUGCAAUGCUGCUCCGGGCAGGGCUGCCCUUUCGGCGGUUGCUGCUGCUGAGCCUAGUGUCUGGAGCUCUGGGACUAGGGGGUGCUGCCCUGGGGGUGGGGCUCAGUUUGGGCCCCGUCCCCCUCACUCCCUUGGUGUUUGGGGUGACGGCUGGGGUCUUCCUCUAUGUCGCCCUGGUGGACAUGCUGCCAUCCCUGCUGCGUCCUCCCGAGCCUCUCCCUCCCCUGGAAGUGCUCCUGCAGGGGCUGGGGCUGCUGCUGGGGGGCAGCCUCAUGCUCACCAUAGCCCUGCUGGAGGAGCAGCUGCGGCCCCUGGUCUCUGAUGGCUGACGGGCCAGUGGAAAGGCAUCCAGCUGCCCUUCCUUCCCCCCAACCACAGGAAUGGAGGCGGGACACAGGGCCAGUAGGAGCAAUAGGAUUUUAAUAAACAGAACCCAUCCUAAAGCCAUGACUACGACAGUUGUACUUGCACCAAAACAGCAUAGAAAACCAGGAUGUGGUGGGAGAGGGCUCAAAGCAGGUUGGGGAGGACAUGAGUUGGGCUGGAGGAUGCAGGGUGCAUCAAUCUGUGGGGACAGCAUUGUGCUUUAGCCCAGGGAGGAGGGGAAGGGAUGGGGCAAUGCACUGAGGUCCCCCCUUUUUCCUGCUGCCCUCAGCACCCUGGGGAUACAGGCAUCUGGGCAGAUCUGCCCUUUAUUGCUGACCACCAGCAUUAAACACCCCCGACCCCAACGCUAGCACCACAGGUGGAUCCAAGGCAGGGAGGAGGGCAGGAAGGGGAACAUUGCUUAGAGAAAGAUUCCACUAGAAUCCAGUGAAUUGUGCUCAGUUCUCUUUACUUCCUACAACCGAGUACAUGGGUCACAGGGUGGAGGGCACAACAGGACAUGGAACAUGCCCCUCCGUGCUCCCAACACACCCCUGCACACAGGAUGGUGGUGUCUGCAGCAUCACAGGUCAUGCAGGGCACAAGGAAGGGGAGGAUCACACACACAUAGACGUCCGCAGCGAGUACCAGACAGAGAACACCCCUGGAUAUACACAGCUGUACACAGGGAACCCCAGGUCCCCACCCAACCCUCUCCCCUGUCUUGCCGUCCCCCCGGCAGGAGGAACUGUAUUGCUUUGAGAGAGCCACCCUGGGGGCCACUCUGCCAGGCACCCUCCCCUCCCACCCCACCCCAUUUUGGCACAUCUGCAAGACACACAGCAGCGAGAGUAGGCACCCUCCCUCCCAGGCUUCUGUGGCUUGGAGUUGAGGAAGGGGAUAGGAGACUUCAUCCUCCACCUUUCCCCUAGCCCUUCCCAACCCCUACCAAGCCCACUCCAGCCAGAACCCACCCCCACCCCCAAACGCACACAUACAAAGCUGAGCUACCCAGGAAUACAGGGAACAAGGAGAUUGUCCGGGAUGGGAGCAGAGGCAGUGGGCGAGAAAGGACUGGAAGCAGAGACCCCACCUGGUGUGGGGGUAAGACUGGCACAACAGCUACUUUAGUGCAAUUGGAGAGGGUGCCCACGGUGAGGGAUGGACAUGGGGGGAAGGCUCUCCCCAGCUUCCCUGGGCGCAAAGCCAGGCUCCCCAGGGAAGGGGCCUAGCAGGAGUGAGCACGGGCCAAGGGUGGAUCCUCUCGUCACCCGCCGCCCUCUGCCCUCCCGGACGCAGUGACAGUGUCCCCCUCACACCUAAGUGGGCAACAGCAGCCUCAGAGUCAGUACCUUCAAGUAAUUCAUAGAGCAGACCCUCCCCACCCCAGCUUCCUCCCAUCUCUGGGAUUUGGUCGCUUCUCUAGGGGUUGGGUUGGGAGGAGGGAGUCCUCAAGACAGACCCUUCCUUCUCCGCCUCCCUCUUCCCAGACCACUGGGCUUGGUCCUCAAAGACUCCUCCCCUCCGCCCUUGCCCAGCACGGGUCAAGGUGCGGCGGACGGAGCCACCAUGAUCAGGGGAAGGGCUGCUUUGCUCCUUCUCCCUCCUUCUCACAAGGUAGGGUUCAAACUAGGCAGGAUGGGGCCCCACAGGGGUUUGCCCCGGAGGGGGUUUCUGGGCGAGGGUCUGUAAGGCUAUUUUCCUUUGCGGUGGGAAGGGGAGGAGGGGAUGAACACUGGGUAUGGGGACAGGGUGAGGAAUGGUGGAGAGGGAAGGAGGAAGGGGCCUCCCUGCUGGAGCACAGUCACUGGAGUCCUUCAAACGAAAAAACACGCAUGUGCACAAGAUCCACAGUGGGCCUGCUCCCAGCCCCUCCAGCCUGGCUCCACCCCACCUCUCAGGGCCCCUUCUAAGACCCCAGAGAAGGUUUUGGGGGUACAGCUGUAGAACCGUUCACUCUGGCCCUACACUCCGGUGCCCCCAGCCUCUUCUCCCCUUCUAGGUCCAGGGAGGAAGAAGGUGCUCAGGUGGGCAGACAGCGGUGGAAACAGUAUUGAGUUUUCCUUUGGUUACAUAUUGAAGGCAAAGGUGAGCUGGACUUACAGUCAAAACGGAUAGGGAUGAGGAAGGAGAGGGGCCAUGGCUGGGGCUGGAGAGGGGGUAGGCCCUCCUCAGCCCCUCCACCCCAAGGAACACGUCUAAGUGGGGUGGCCGUCCCUCAGUCUCAUCUCUCCCACCCCCCACAGCACCAAACAAAAGGAGAAGCCCCCUCCCCCAGGGGCUGCUCCCCACCCCAACCUGGGCUGUACAUUCAGUGGUUUCAGCAGUCCUAUGGCUCAGGGGCCAGGGGGUGGGGGAGGUGGCCCGUCAGUCUCAGCUGGACAGUGGCAGUGACCUGGGUCUGUUGGUCCAUCCUGGGACCCACAGUUUGUGCCAUUUGUUUUUCUGAAGGAUAGUACACAACCCUACCAAAGCCACCGCCCAAUCAGAAACAUAUCCCCACAAAAUCAGAAACUAAAAACUGGCUCUUUUCAUCUCGCCCUCUGAUUUACACAUCUGUUUCCCUGUCUCCUAUGUAGCCCUAGCUCUGUCUCCUUUGCUGGGACCUGGGGCUGCUCCCAGGAUCCUCACUUAAAAUAGGCCUUUUCUCAAAAGUGCUUAUUACUUGAAGCAAGUGCUUUAGCUGCGGUGGGGAGGGGAGGGAGAGGGCAGGUGAAAGGAAGGAGAGGUUUCUUCCCCACCUACCCCCUCAAGACUGGGGGGCAUUCUGCCUGUUUUUCACUUCUCCACACCCGUUUAAGUCAAAGAGGUUUAAAAAAAAUCUUAACAUUAAAAUAAAUAUGCAGUGGCCAUGAGAAUGGUCAAAAUGCUUCAAAAAACAAGGGACCGGAGAACCUGGGGCGGGGUUUCCUUUGGCAUAGGAGAGGCUGCUUGUCCUCCAGGCCUCACAGCCGCGUGAGGGCGAGGACGCCCCACAUGCCCAGCACGGCUGACGGUGUGCUGACGGGGCAGCCGGGAGCAGCCACCAGAAAUCUCAUCCAGCAAAACCAUGGGGCUCCUGACAAAUACUCCGACUCUUCCUGUCAUCACCGAGCGCUGAUAAAGGAGAACACGACCGACACCCCGAGAGUCUGCUCUGGGGGACCCGCUCCCUUCUCCCCCGCCCCCCACCACCUAAUUCCCAGCACCAAAAUGAGAGGGAGGGGAUGGAAUGGGAAGAUUUCAGGAGAGAGAAUUAAAGUUAGGGGCAAGCUCUGCAGAUCCAGCAGGGUGGGGGGCUGCAGCCCUUAAGAGAGGUCACAUUGAUUGUCGUAUAGGGGAGGACGGGGUGUAAAAGGAGGUGGGCAAGAGGGGCGUCGCAAGGCCCUUUGGCUUUGAAAACAAAAAUAAAAACUAAAAGCUGCACAAUCCUUCUCACCAAUAAUGGUCAUUUGGAAGCUUUGAAAUGGUUUAGGAACUGAGGGGUGGGGGAAGCAAAAUAGAGGAUAAAAAGGGACAAGGAACGAAAAGAAUAAGGACUUGGACAAACACCCCAGGCAUCAGGGAACCAGCAUGAGGUAUGGUUAAGGGUGUCUGUGAGGGAGGGAGGGGCCCUGGGAUGCUCCCUCUCCCCUCAGCCCACCCUGGCAAGGGUAGCAAGAUUUGCAGGGGCUACAACUGGAAAUCAGGUAAGAUGGUGGAUAAAGCAAGCAUGAGAGCGGGGCAGGAGAAUGAGGGAC